AUGGGCGGCGGCGACAAGCGGGCGGCUACCGCUGCUACGGCCUCAGCCCCUGGAUCGCGGCGGAGAAGCCUGAGCCCGCGACUGCGGCCCAGGGCAGAGCUCAGCCCGCCGCUGCCAUGGCGGGCGGCGCCGCGCAGGCCGCCUCCCACAGCGCUCUCGUUCGGCGCCCGGCUCGCAGCCGCGACUUCGGCAAGCGGUUCCGGUUCACGCCGAGGACACGCGAGCACGCGCGGAAUAGCCGAGGAGGGCGGCAGGAGCGGGAGCGCCCCCAGAGGCCAGAGGCGAAAGGCGGCGCGCAAGCAGACGUUCGCGCGGCUCCGCCCCACGCCCGCCCGUGUCCGGUCAGCCCCGCCCGUCCGGUCAGCCCCGCCCCAUGCCCGCCCGCGUCCGUCCAGCUCCGCCCAUCCGCGCGGCCCCGCCUCACGCCCGCCCCCGUCCGUCAGGCCCUGCCCCACGCCGAUUUGCUCCCGCUACACCUUGAUGGGCCCCUCCUCUCCCCUCUGCUCUGGAAGCAGAUUUUCGUCACCGGAAGUUGAGCAGUGGCGGGCACCGCCAAGACCGCAGCGCUGCUUUCCGCUCCUCCCCUUCCAAGUCGGCAGGAGGCUCCAGGAGCACUUGAGAAUAAGCCUGGGGACAGAGGCUGACGAAUCGGGACUAGCUGCAGUGUUCCGCGUUUUGGAUUACACUUCUUUUAUGUUUCUGAUGCAUGGGUUUUGUGCUUGGGUUGGCGCCGUGAACCAAGAUAAAUGUUGGAAAGAAUUUAAGAAUGCAGUGACCUAUGAUGAUGUGCAUGUUGACUUCACUUGGGAAGAGUGGAAGUUGCUGGAUCCUUCACAAAGGAAUCUCUACAAAGAAGUGAUGCUGGAGACCUACAGGAACCUCAUUACUGUAGUCACAAAAGAAGUAAUACUGAAGAGAAACCCUAUGAAUGUAAUCAAUGUGGUAAAGGCUUUGCACAUCACCGUAAUCUUCAAAUGCACAGAAGAACACAUACUGGAGAGAAACCCUAUGAAUGCAAUCAAUGUAGUAAAGCCUUUGCACACUAUAGUCAUCUACAGUGCCAUGAAAGAACACAUACUGGAGAGAAACCCUAUGAAUGUAAUCAAUGUGGUAAAGCCUUUACACAACACAGUCAUCUUCAAAGACAUAAAAGAAUACAUACUGGAGAAAAACCUUAUGAAUGUAAUCAAUGUGGUAAAGCCUUCGCAGUACAUGAUAAUCUUCAAACACAUAAAAGAACACAUACUGGAGAAAAGCCCUAUGAAUGUAAUCAAUGUGGUAAAGCUUUUACACAAUGCAGUUCUCUUCAAAUGCAUAAAAGAACACAUACUGGAGAGAAACCUUAUGAGUGUAAUCAGUGUGGCAAAGCCUUUGCACAAUGCAGUUAUCUUCAAAUACAUAAAAGAAUACAUACUUGAGAGAAACCUUAUGAAUACAAAACCUAUGAAUGUGAUCAAUGUGGUAAAACCUUUGCACAUCACAGUUCUCUUCAAAUACAUAAAAGAACACAUACUGGAGAGAAACCUUAUGAAUGUAAUCAGUGUGGUAAAGCCUUUACACAACGUGGUCAUCUUCAAGGGCAUAAAAAAUCACAUACUGGAGAGAAACCAUAUGAGUGCAAUCAAUGUGGUAAAGCCUUUGCACAUUACAGAAAUUUUCAAAUACACAAAAGAACACAUACUAGAGAGAAACCCUAUGAAUGUAAUCAUUGUGGUAAAACCUUUACACGAUGCAGUGGUCUUCAAAUACAUAAAAGAACACAUACUGGAGAAAAACCUUAUGAAUGUAAUCAAUGUGGUAAAGCCUUUACAUGUCAUUCCAGUCUUCAAGUGCAUUUUAAAGGAAUACAUACUGGAGAGAAACCCUUUGUAUGCAAUCAGUGUGGUAAAGCCUUUGCACAACAGAGUCAUCUCCAGCGCCAUGAAAGAACACAUACUGGGGGUGUGAGUCUAGGACCUCCUAGGAACUAGGCCUGAGCCAGGACCUCUGGGUGUGAGUGAACCUGGAUCCUCUGAGGGAAUAGGCAGGAAUCAGAAAUCUCGGCGGGACCAGGCAUGAGUCUAUGACCUCACGGAGAGUAUGCCUGAGCCAGGACCUUUAUGCGUUAGGGCAUUGGUCUGGGACAU